AACCGAACUUCAGACCAGUUCUAAUGCCAAAAUGCAGAUAGCCAAUGCGAAAAUUAAGAAUAAUAAACGUCAAAGUUAUGUCAAACGGAACUGUCAAGUCUACAACAACAAACAAACAAAAGUACUGUGGCGACUAUGUCCCACGUACGCCUUAUUAUGUACCAAUUAAUUUUAAUAUAGGUACACUAGAUGAUUGCGUGUUGAUUUUAAAGCAUGGUAAUUUUAGUUUCUCACGCAUCUGCACUUUUACAAUUUUAUUGUCGGAAUGUUUAACUCAAAUCUUUUUAGUGUUUCGCCGACGUAACAUUUGGUGUAUUAUUAGUCCAUUGAAUUAGUUAUUACUGCCGACCGUCGAGAGGAAAACCAAUGUUUCGUUAGUCAGUCAGUACGCAACCUCGGUACCGGUUAGACGCCUUGAAAGCUCAGCCGCGCUUACACAAUUUAUUACCGUCUCACAAGUCUAUAUAAAAACCUACAAACCCUGCAACCCGAGUAUAGAACGCCGACAGUGGUGUUAGUGGUGGUUCCCGUGGUGCGUGGUUUGGUGCGUGGUAUUUUUCGUUCGACUUUUCUUCCGCAAUCAUAAAAUGGAACAUCAAAACAUGGAAAUUAAAUCAACCAAGAAAAGAGUCCGAUCUUCAAACUGGGAUGAAGACGAAAAGAAACUAUUAAGGCAACUUAUUAUGGAAAAAAUUGAUGUAGUCGAGAAGAAAGACUGCACUACAAAUACGCAUGCAGAGAAGAAAGCUGCUUGGCAGGAGAUAUUGUCUAGUUUUAAUAGCCUUAACAAGAAAAAAAGGGAUAUGACUCAAAUUAUUACACAAUGGCGUAACACAAAAGGCCAAGUAAAGAGUAGAGAGUCUGAGUAUAGACGAGCCAGGCUCAUGACAGGAGGAGGACCUCCGCCACCAAGUCCGUCCCAAGAAGAUAUGGAAAUAAUUCAAAUUUUACCAAAUGAGUUUGUGGUCGAUAGCAACGCUUUUGAUAGCGACAGUAUAUUUAUUAAAAAAAUGGAACAGUCACAGUCGCCUGCAACUCAAAAGGUGCAACUGCCGUCAAAAUCAGAAGUGACUGAAGUACUUGUAUCAACCUCUGAUAGUGAGAUUAUUAUAGAUUCUGAGAAAUCGAUUCAGAUAUCAAAUCCUCUUGAAGAUGCGGAAGAAAAGGUGUUACAGUUAACACCAAUAGCGUCAACAUCAAACUCUAUUUUAAAAAAGAAAAAUAUUAUGCGAAGAAAAUUAUACAAACCAAAAAAAAAGGAAAUUAAGAUUGCAGAUGAUUAUGAAGAGGAAUUGUUUUUACUUACAAAAAAAUCAAAAGAACAUAGAGAAAAACGAGAAGAGGAACUGCAUACAAAAAGAAUGAUAAUUUUAGAUUUUGAACAGAAAUAUUGGGAAAUAAAAUUCAAAAAUGAAUUAGAUAAAACUGUUUUUAAAUAAAACUGUAUUAAUUAUCAUUAAAAGUAAUUUUCAAUAAAUAUGUUUCUGGUAAUAUGG